CCCUUCGCCCGCACCAUGUUUGUGACUGACUUUCGCCGGGAUUUCUAUGACGUGAUUCAGACGGAGCGGGUCCUCCUCUUUGUUGCUUCUGAUGUUGAUGCGUUGUGUGCCUGCAAAAUUCUUCAGGCCUUGUUCCAGUGUGACCACGUCCAGUACACAUUGGUUCCCGUUUCUGGGUGGCAGGAACUUGAAACCUCAUUUCUGGAACACAAAGACCAGUUCCGCUAUUUUAUUCUCAUAAACUGCGGGGCCAACAUCGACCUCUUAGAUACGCUCCAGCCCGAAGACGACACGAUUUUCUUCAUUUGUGACACCCACCGGCCUGUCAACGUCGUGAAUGUCUACAACGACAGCCAGAGAAUCAGCCCGGCAGAGAAGGCUUGUCCCAAGGCCCGGCCAUCCUCCGGAGACAACGUACAGAGGCUGGGACGUGUGGGGUGCGCGUGGCCAUCGCUUUCCAGUGUCCCCUUCCCACCCCAGCAGAACCCCCCUCCCUUGUUACAAAGAGCAGAGCGGCCCAAACGGGCUUCACGCUGUGGCCGUGGCCCUGCCUCGGGCUCCUCGGACACCCCCUUGCCCCUUGCUCGCAGCUCCGUCCAUCCAGGCCUCCCCGGAUUCGCUCCGCCACUCCCCAGGCGAGGCCGAGUCCGCUUCCUUUUUAUCCUUCGCCGCCUCUUAGGAUCCGUACGAAGUCUCGAUUCUGAGGUCGGGGCUGGGAUGAAGGACCUGCGGGUGCAGACAUUCAGCAUCCACUUUGGGUUCAAGAAUAAGUUCCUGGCCAGUGACGUGGUCUUCGCCACGACGUCGCUGCUGGAGAGCAUCGAGAAGGACGCCUCGGGGACGGACAACUUCAUUAGGGCGUUGGACAGUCUGUCCAGGAGUAACCUGGAGCAGCUCUACCAGGGCCUGGAGCUGGCCAAGAAGCAGCUGCGGGCCAUCCACCAGACUGUGGCCAGCUGCAUCUGCACCAACCUCGUCAUCUCCCAGGGGCCCUUCCUCUACUGCUACCUCAUGGAGGGCACGCCCGACGUCAAGCUGUUCUCCAAGCCCGCCUCCCUCGGCCUGCUCAGCAAGUACCUGUUGCAGUCCUUCGUUUGCUCUACCAAGAACAAGCGUUGUAAGCUGCUGCCCCUGGUGAUGGCGGCCCCGAUGAGCGUGGAGCACGGCACCAUGAUCGUGGUGGGGAUCCCCCCGGAGACGGAGAGCUCCGACAAGAAGAACUUUUUUGGGAGAGCGUUUGAGAAGGCGGCCGAGAGCACCAGCUCCAGAACUCUGCACAACCAUUUUGACAUGUCUGUCAUUGAGCUCAAGGUGGAGGACCGGGGCAAGUUCCUGGAUGCGCUGAUCUCUCUGCUCUCCUGAGGCUUCGGGAUUUUCCACACCGGGAUCGACUGUAAAUAGUGGCUCCCCGUCGGCGGUGCCCUUACAGACUGCUUGUAAAUUAUUUGUGAGAUUUUAGCUGGGGACAGGCCGGGGAGCCUGUCUAAGCAAUAAAGCGCCCCCUCGGGGCUCGGCUCCCCUCUUUUCAUUCCUUUCCCAUAAAGCCCAGCGGCUCUCUUGGC